AUGGGAAAAGAUACUUUCCAACUGGGAGGCCAGGAAUGGCCGAAGGUAACAUGGUGGAAAAUGAAGGGCAUGCGCUUCGUUUAUAUGACCCUAUGGGCGGCCAUGAUUACAUCUGCCACUAACGGCUACGAUGGGUCUUUGAUGAAUGGAUUGGAGGCUAUGCCCUCGUGGAAUGCCUCAUACAAUCAUCCUCAAGGAUCUACACUUGGUCUACUUGCAGCGUCCAUGGCAAUCGGCUCCAUGCUUUCAAUUCCAAUUGUACCCUACGUCGCAGAUGUCAUGGGACGACGAGCUGGUGUCGUCGUAGGCUGUUGUAUCAUGCUUUGCGGUGUUGCCAUGGUGUCUAUUGGGUACCAUAUUGCUUUAUUUGUCGUUGGACGAAUUAUCCUCGGCUUUGGUCUUGGAAUUUCGCAGGAAUGUUCGCCACUUCUUGUGACUGAACUUGUCCAUCCACAGCACCGUGCUGUUUACAGUAGUAUCUACAAUUCUCUGUGGUAUGUCGGAAGUUUGAUCGGUGCCUGUGUUGCCUUGGGUACAAACCAUAUUCACGGUGAAUGGGGGUGGCGUGUUCCGUGUCUCUUGCAGGGAAUUCCUUCUUUAUGUCAAUUAGUAUUUAUUUGGACUGUGCCCGAAUCACCCCGCUGGCUCAUCUCAAAGGGCAAGUUCGAGCAAGCCAAAAAGAUCCUCGCAUAUGUCCACGCCCAAGGAGAUGAGAACGACGCACUGGUCAACGUUGAAUUUGAUGAGAUCCAGCAGACAAUUGCGCUGGAGAAACAAUUUGAGGGCAAUAACUGGUCCGAAUUCUGGUCGACAGCUGGAAACCGUCAUCGAUCCAUCAUUCUGAUUUCCAUCGGCUUCUUCUCUCAAUGGUCCGGAAACGGCAUCGUCUCAUACUUCCUGCCGCAGGUCCUCAAUCUCAUCGGCAUCACCGACAGCAACACAGUCCUGACUAUCAAUCUCAUCCUCAGUGCUGUCAACGUUGUUUCGGCAACGGGUAUCUGCUUUUGGGUGGACUACUUUGGACGCCGCAAGCUGUUCCUUACAUCCAGCAUUAGUAUGCUUGUUUGCUUUAUCUCAACGACGAUUGCUUUGGCGCGAUUUGCCAAUGGGCCCGAGGGCAACGAUAACGCCGCGCAUGCUGUCAUUGCAUUCAUCUUCCUCUUCUAUAUCGCCUACAACAUCGGAUUUAGUGGAAUGCUUGUGUCAUACUCUUCUGAAAUUCUACCAUACCGUCUCCGCGCCAAGGGUCUUACUUUGAUGUUCUUCUGUGUCGACCUGAGUCUCUGGUUCAACCAAUACGUCAACCCGAUCGCCCUUCUAAACAUUCAAUGGAAGUACUACAUUGUUUACUGUGUGUUCUUGGCGUUUGAGAUUUUCGUGGUGUGGAAGUACUACAUCGAGACCAAGGAGACUCCUUUGGAGGAAAUUGUCAAGUUCUUUGAUGGUGAAAACGCAAUCUUGGGUGGAACCGCUCCUUCCGAGAAGAUCGUUGAGCUCACUGCUCGCGAUGGGCAAUCCAUUCAGGUUGAUGGCGAGAAAGCUAUCACCACCCAGGUCGAGGUUAGGGCCUAG